GAGAAGAAUCCAUGGUAGAGUACAAUUGCCCUCGCCUUGCCUGGCGCUCACCCCACCUCCCCUCAAAUCUGUAAUAAUUUCUGAAUCCGAAAUUUUUUUCCAUCCGCAGCUAGAGAUCGAGUACGACUGUUUGCAAAUUCAAAGUUAAACGAGGCAGCAAGCAGCAACCAUUAAAACGAUGCUGCUGCACCUGUCGUUGCAUCCUUCUGCUGGAAUACCUGGAAAACUUAAACUAGCUUAUUACUUCACGGGGAACUUUGAAGCACAUUCAAGCAGAUUGUGGAUCUCGAGACUGUGCAGCCAUUUUCAAAAUUGAAUGAAAAUUUCCCAUGAAUUGACUUUGCUUCAUCUCUGAAGAGGUAAGAUUAUAGCAGUAGCAGAUGAUGUGUUGCAUUAUCCUUUGUCAUAGUUGGUUUUCGACGUGCCACAACACUUCUUCUACCUUUCAUUUGAUGACUUCUUCCGUCAUGUACACGGCGGUGAUUUCCUCCGAAGCUCUUUCGAAGGAAAUAUCUCAUCGGCCAAUUUAGCUUUACACUUGUGAGGGUCUGAUAAGCAGACUUUCAACCUCGACAGAAGAUCACACCCAACGCAUUUCUGCGUUGGUAAGCUGAAAGCUUACCAACGCAGAAAUGCGUCUAUAGUGGAUCCAACACUCCAUAUGGGACUCAGAUGUGACGCUCAGAACAAGCAAUACAGUCAUCGAAUAGAAACUACAAUUCGGUCACAACACAGUACCAUCAUUCUGACAACUGAAUUUAGCGGCUAGAGGAUAUGCGGCCCAGUACAGGUGACAGGCGACGAGGAUCUUGUUAUGUUGACAGUGUGGACAGGUGAGUAUAAUUUGCUCAUAAUCUCAAGCCGUGUCGAUUCACCAACUGAGUUAUAGUUACACUUAUUCAUGGAUUCUUCCUCCUCCAGUUACUACGCGAAAGUGCUGCUUUAAAUCUAUGCCAGUGGAGGACAUGGUGCAGGAUCAUAAAGAAGGGCUGCAAUUGCAAGGGAGAUGGUCGAUUCCCGGUCGAAGGUGGGGUUCGGCUCUGUUUCUCAGAGCUGAGGAUCGUAGUUUCAGGCAUGGAAAAUUGGCAGUAGAGACUUGAGAAGAAGCAAACCGCGUUGUACUUGAAGUCAGCGCACUGCAAUGCGGUACAUAUAUGGCCAUGGCGGUUGGCGCAUCAGCCUGAUGCGCGCACCGCAGUAUUACUAACACCGUUGUGAGCGAGGAAGGUGGUCAAGAAUGGCCUAGACCCACCUUCAUGUCCAGAAAAGAUAUGUUUCGAAGUAUGAUCUUCUUCAUGUUCUGACACAAAAUUACGUACCGGGGUUUGGGAGCACUAGCAGUGAUCAGAUCUCUGCGAUGAAGAAUAAAGAUCAAGGAUCUGGAGGAUUUCCCCUCGCCUACAGUUUCUUGGUUGGGAGCACUAGCAGUGAUCAGAUCUCUGCGAUGAAGAAUAAAGAUCAAGGAUCUGGAGGAUUUCCCCUCGCCUACAGUUUCUUGGUUAAUUGGAGGUUUAGAAAGCCUGGCAGCAGUAAGGAGACUAAGCAAAAUUCGAACCCCGACAUUUCGCUAAGCCGCUUCUCUUAAAGCCGCGAUGACAGGAAAUUUACUGGCCCCUACAAACGCGCAAAUGCCCUGACAAUCGCAACGCAUAACCUUAAUGCAAGAAAUCACUCGCCAACGGGAAACCAACCACUCGCUGUGCGUUCCUCGCAGUAGCUGGGUCGUUGCUGAGCCAACAUGCGAGUCAUGUUGGUGGAUGCCGGCCAUGGAGAUUCUGACCUAUCUUACAAUUCCCGCCCACUUUCAAUCUUGGCUCUCAAGGAAUCGAACCCCUCGACAGCUCUCAUCUGCCGAGACAAUCACGGCACGACGUUUUCAGAACAUACUUCGUCGAUUUCUUCGACCUUUCCCAAAGUUUCCAUCAGAGCAGGGGAUUACUUAUUGUUAUAAUUUCGUAACAGUGUAAUACCCAUGUGACGAAUAAAGUUCAGGAGGCUAGCAUCACGCAAAUCUUUGUGGUUCUAGUCUACUGAAUUGUGUCGUGCGAAUCUUCCACUCAUGGAGAACUGGACUCUCGAUGAAGAGCCUCCACUUGUCGAUCCGUGGUUAGAGGCUGGCUGGUCAAUUGGAUCUGUUCCAACAUCCGUGGCUCUGAGGCCCUUCGACGUUUGACUUCGUUUGGAGUUGCAAACUUUUGGAGAUCUGUGCAGGAAUCAUGAAGUGCGGGAGCGUUUAAAUGCAGCAUUGACAGGGCCAUUGACUAAGGUCCAUCUAUCGACGAGAAGUGGUCAGCACGCGGGAAAUAACUUGAGAACGCGUCAGUGAGGAAACGCACCGGGUUUUGGCCGCCAGAUGAUACAGACGGACCCACUUCCUCCAGCUAAACUUGCACGGGGAGCACAUCUGAUUGCACAUCUGAUUGCACGUCUGGUCUCCAAAUUUGAUGAGAAAUUUGUUCCCAAAGUUGCCGGCAUUUUCACGGCAUCUCUCCAAAUCACGGCGCAGAACCUCCCCUGAAUAUCCACGGGCAAUGAGGUCCAAAGUGCCAGAGCGUCAAUGUCGGCUGCGGUACUUAUCAGCACAGGGCAGGAUGUCGAUCGUGACCAUUAUUUCACAACAUCCAUUAAUUUCAACAGCCCUGAUCGAUACUUGUCUCCGAAAUUCCAUGCCGACCUGGGGCUAUGAUGAUGUGACUUACUCAAGUCCUACUCCAACGAGAGUGCAAGUCUUCGAUUGAGACCCUUGACUCGUCCCUUUCCUACGUACAGAAGUAAAGCAUAGCUCUAUCUGUACUUGAAUUUCCAAAUUCCGCUAGCUUAUGGGAAAUUUUACAAGUCGAGCUGACUUACAAGGAAGUUAAGCAUCGCGCGCAGGACACAAGUAUUGUCGGGCAUGCGUGAAAUUGAUGGGACGGUAGUGCUUUCAAGAGUUUUUGGAGUUCCCGUCUGUGGACAGUAAGUCGUCUCAAUGGAAUCCAUGACGUCAGUCGAGUGCACGAUGCAUACUUGCUGUCACUGAUGGAAGCUGAAGACCGAAGUUAUGUGAUUCUGUACAGCAUGAGUGGCGGCGAGUCGUCGCGUGUCGACAGAGAUCACUAAUCUCUGCAUUUGGGAACUUCCCCAGAUGCUACUCGUCACCAGUCUACCAGUAGCUCCAGAUCUGUACGCAGUCUGUACAGGAAAGGAGGCACGAGAGGGGAGCCGAAAGGCACGAUGCCGAUGGCAGGAUGGAAUAAAUUCUGUCGGCUGAAGCUUUUGCAGUUGGAUGGGUUGCGCUUGGCGAGUCUGAGAGAGAGACCAUGGCAGACGAGAGCAGCAAACUGACUGCCAAGACUGUGUCGGGCCUUGAAGAGGACGAUUCCUGGUUUGUACGAGAUGCUAACACGAAAAAUCGAUCACCGGCUUCUCUACCAGCAUCCCAGGAUGAAGUGGGGGACAAUGACCCGGAUGAGCCCAUUUUCAAAGUUUUGUGCUCUGCGUUCAUUUGCGUCCUCAAUGCCAUGGAUCAUUUUCUACCAGCAUCACUGGAUGAAGGGGGCGAUGACCCGGAGCAAGGGAGGAGCCAUGGGGAGAGAGAUGUGUCCAUGUUGGAAGAAGAUGAUCAGAUAUUGGAGAUCAAAUCGGCCAGGUUUUAUCGACGGUCCAUUUUCAAAGAUUUGUUCUUUGCGCUCAUUAGCGUCCUCACUGCCGGGCUGGCCAUGGUUUAUUGCUUCUCAUAUCCUGGACUAUAUGCGCGUCUGCGAUUCGUCCAAGUGAGGCAGACGGAUGCUACUGCCGAGCGUGUGCUCGUGGAGAGCAUGGAUGAGAUUGAGUCCCUGGUUAAAAUUCACUGGAUUUUUGCGGGAGGUGAAGAGGGCUGGGUGCCUGCCGGCAAAGCUCGUCCCCCAUCUGAUGAGGUGAGAACGAAUCGAGAUCGGAUGUUUGUGUGGCGAGAAGAACGUUUCUGGUACAACGAUCAAGAUGGAAGUUGGACCCGAAGAUCCUUUAAUGUUGAUGUCACAUACGCUGACCUGCAGUCUGUUGCACAUGACUGUGCUGUGAAGGAAAUGCGCUACGAUACUGUGAAGAGUCAGAACUGUGAUGCCAGGAGAAAGCGUCUUCUGGUGUAUGGGCCUAAUGUGCUCACAGUAGAAGUGUCAAACUUCGGGCGAUUGUUGAUGACGGAGGUUUUCAAGCCAUUUUUCGUAUUUCAGGUCAUCUCCGUAAGCGUUUGGAUGUAUCAAGACUAUCGCAUAUACGCCUCCGUCAUCUUAGGCAUGACAGUGGUUUCAGUACUUUACAACGUUUUCGAGACUCGUAGGAAUUUGAAAGCUGUCCAGAAGCUGGCAGCUUCUGAAUGUCUAGUGAAAAGGCUGACCCUUUCAACUAACAAAGCAGCAGACAUUGGGUUCAAGAAGGUCACUAUUUCUUCUUCCGAGCUGCUUCCAGGAGACAUCGUAGAGGUUGAAGCAGGGAUGUCAUUUCCAUGUGAUUUGGUCCUCCUAGCAGGCCAGUGUGUGGUCAAUGAGUCGAUGCUGACCGGAGAAAGUGCCCCCGUUCCGAAGACACCAUUACCAUCAGGAUCAUCCGCAUUUGGGCAGGUGUUUCAAAGCAAGUCGGACCGUGAUAGACGACACAUGCUACUCUCAGGUACUCUAGCGAUCCAGAGCAGGGGCUCCUCCGAUCCUCGUAUGCAUCAAAUGUCUGGCUCUGAUGGCAGUGAUCAACAUGCUUCCAUUUGGCAGUUUCUGGGCCUGCAGCACUCGCAGGCAGCUUCUUCUAGUACGAAGGAGGACACUGCACCAGUAGCGGCGAUGGUCAUAUCAACGGCGUAUGGAACUGCUAAGGGGCACCUCGUUAGGGCUAUUCGAUUUCCUAAACCUUUGAAUUACAACUUCGAAAGGAAGCUGUAUUAUUUUGUAGCUAAUAGUGCCGUAUACUUGGUCAUCGUCUGUGCUGCCACAAUAUAUUUUCAAGUCGGAAAGGAAUCAGCCUGGGAUAUUAUCCAAAACUGUAUGAACCUUUUAACAAUCGUCGUUCCAGCAGCAUUACCCCUAGCACUUUCUAUCGGUAUAUCUGUGUCUUUCAAUCGUUUACAGGGAAAGGGUGUGUACUGCAUAAACCCCGGUCGUAUACUUAGCCUAGGUCGAGUGGACACUUUGUGCUUUGACAAAACUGGAACGAUCACCGAGGACGGGCUGAAUCUCAAGGGCGUGGUUGUCGUCAAGAAGUGCGAAAAUGAAACUUUGAACACGACGAUGGGCUGCGGGGAAUUGGAGAAGGAUCCUCAUGCCGUGUUCCGUCAAGGGCAACAGGCUCUUCUUGUACGUUCAUCAGUGGGGGAUUCGGCUGAUAGGAAUUCUGUAUCUUCACUUGGACUGUUUUACACUCUGGCAGCAUGCCACGAUAUCUCACUCUUGGAUCACAUGGAAACAGGAUCUGGCAUCGCAAAGGGAGAUGAAAUCAAGAAGGUGAUUGGGGUGAAAAUAUCAGCAGAAUGGCUGCGACGUUUUCCUACAGUCUGUAGAGAAUUCUUUUCUAAAAACUCUUACGCGAACCCGUCGGAUACAACUAUCGUUGAACACGAUCCAAGAAUCGUACAGGAAAGAUACCAGUUAAUUGGAGAUCCUCUGGAGAUUAAAAUGUUUACCAGUACAGGUUGGAGAUACAUGGCCCGUCCAUUCGAAGAGAUUUUACCGUCUGUGCGCAGACCAAAUUCUCCGACACAUUGGACGAAUGCUCUUUCGGCCGUGGAUACUGUGAUCAUGCCCCCCACAGAGGUUGACUCGAAGCCACUUCUUGCUGUACUGAGGAAAUUUACUUUUGACUCUGAAAUACGGCUAAUGAGCACCAUAGUACUUGAGCUGCCUUCUAUCGAUUCAACUUUAGACGAUGCCAGAAGCUGGAUUCUCGUCAAAGGUGCUCCUGAAAGUUUGCAGGAAAUUUGCGUCCCUGAAUCACUACCACACGAUUUUCAUUCUCAGCUCCAAACUCUCACCGCCGAAGGCUAUCGCGUUCUGGCGUGUGCCUAUCGAUUGCUUGGAUCAAUGACUAUACCGCAGAUGAUGGUAGCAAAGAGGAAGCACAUGGAGAGCGAAUUGAUAUUCUGCGGUUUCUUGGUGAUGGAGAACAAACUCAAACCAGAAACAUCGGGAGUUUUGCUUCAGCUUGCUAAGGCUGGGCUCCGAGAAAUCAUGGUGACAGGAGACAAUCCUUUUACUGCAGCUGCAGUGGCCAGGCAGUCUGGCCCGUAUUUUCUGAAGCCUGGAUGUCGAACAUAUUUGCUAGAUCAGGUUCCUGACUCCAACCCUGAGAGAUACAAAAGCCGCUGUGUUCUAACGAGUUUUGAUACUGAAGAGAGAUCUGAAAUCGACGUUGACACCUUUUUAUUACCUCAACCAACGGACGCUGGUAGCAGUAACUACCAGACCUCAGGUGGAAGUGGGGGUGCUGUCAAUCUGGUGGUUACUGGACGCGCAUUCUAUGCCCUUCUACAGCAGCACGAACAUUUGGUAGAACGAUAUACGGAGCGGACGGGAUCCACUCCAGUCAAAAUUAUGGAGUGUAUCACACCUUUGCAUAUGGUCCUUACUCAGGCCGGUAUCUUCUCCCGGAUGUCUCCCCAGCAUAAGAUGGAGCUGAUGCGAAGCCUACAAAACCUUGGCUACGUUGUGUGCAUGACUGGAGAUGGAGCAAAUGACUCGGGUGCAUUGAAAGCCGCUGACGUCGGAAUCAGCAUUGCAAGCAAGCCUGCUGCGAGCACGGACACAAUGGCGGCUGGGCCCAGUAUAGCCGCUCCUUUCUCGACUAAGCUUGCUCACAUUGGAGUUGUGCCCAUGGUCCUAGCUGAGGGGCGAUGUGCCUUAGUAAGUGCCACGGUUAUGUUUAAAUACAUGUUCUUCUAUGGAAUGACUCAAGCGACUUCGGUCAUCGUUCUCUACAGGCUUCGGCUAGAAUUGUUCGACAACCAGUAUCUUUUGGUAGAUUUGGGCCUGGUAUUCCCCCUCGUACUGUUAAUGCCUGCAACUCAUCCCAGAAAGGAGCUCACUCAUGGCAGACCUGAAGGCAAUUUAUUGACGUUUCCCAUUCUCAUCAGUGUUUAUGGUCAAAGUGUAUUCAUUAUGGCAUUCCAGGUGAUAGCACAAGUAUACCUUGAACAGCAGAGCUGGUACGAGAGGGCAAACGAUGAAAACGCAGAUCGUUUCGACUGGCAGUACAAUCAGAACACCACCGUCUCCUUCCUAUUUGCUUCAUUUCAGUACGUGGCCACGGCGCUCACGUUGAGCCAAAGCUUCGGGCUGUUCAGAAACUCAGUCCUGUCGAACUGGCCGCUGACGGCGACUCUGAUCUGCCAGUUCGUCCUGUCCUCGCUCUUGCUGCUGAAAAAGAUGCGCUUCGUAUCCAAGUUGUUCGGCCUUGUGGACCUGACGCAGCACUGGCAUUUCCUGCUGGGCCUGUGGCUGCUGGCCGUGGGAAACUCGCUCCUCUUCGUCGUCUUCGAGCGCUACGCCGUCUUCCACAAGUCCACCGAGCUCGACAUGUCCGACACUCCGCGGGGCGAAGCAGGCCCGGGGGGAAGUGCGAACGCGGCGGGGCUGGAUCGCAUGCGAAGGCUGCUCAGAGGCCAGGAGACCUUCUGCCUACCGGGACGGCCGGUGGUUCGAGACUUUUUCCAGGUCGCGGAGGUCGCAGGGCCGCUUUGGGCCCAGCUUUCGUGAACCUGACGACUGAAGAAGGCCGAUCAUCAGAACAUUCCACACUGCGUCCUCUUUUGCAGAUCUGCCGGGAAUGCUAAUCAUCGGGAGAUUAAGGUCGGAUUUAAUUACCGGGUGGUUAAUGCUGGGAUUAAUCAAUGAUGUUUUCAUUCUAAUCCGCGCUUCGUUGGACACGCCUCGAAAAGUAAUCCUGUACUUUCUUCCUACCCUCUCCCUUCCGUCACCGCCGGCACCACGUCUGCGACCGGACGGGCUGACCGGCUGACCGGCUGACUACCGAGCCCGGAAGGCGAAGGUUUUUUGUGAUGAUUGCUUUCCGAGUAUCAUUAGUUUGUAGACACUUGGGGGCACCAAGCAAUCAAACUCGUACUGUCAUUGUACUAUACGGUUCAAGGUCUUUGAACUCUUCUCUCUCGCAAUAAACAAAUCCAUUCCAUC